CGGCAGGCCGGGUGGGGUCGGCUUCCCCCAGGGACACUCACAUCAGAGCUGCAGCUCAGGCCCUCGGUCAUUAAGAGACUUCCUGUUCAUUUCUCUGCAGCUGGUGACCCUGCUGCAGCUGUGGGUCAUCCCCUUGUAUUUCACCAUAAAGCUCUACUGGUGGCGGUUUCUGUCCCUGUGGGGCAUGUUCUCGGUCAUCACCAGCUACAUCCUCUUCCGAGCUACCCGGAAGCCCCUGUCGGGCAGGACGCCGCGACUGGUCUACAAGUGGUUUCUUCUCAUCUACAAGCUCAGCUAUGCGCUCGGCGUCGUGGGCUACCUGGCCAUCGUGUUCACCAUGUGUGGGUUCCAUGUAUUCUUCAAAAUCAAAGCCAGAGCCUCCAUGGACUUCGGCCUCGUGUCCCUGUUCUACGGCCUCUACUACGGAGUCAUGGGGAGAGACUUCGCCGAGAUCUGCUCGGACUACAUGGCGUCUACCAUAGGGUUCUACAGCGUCGGCGGGAUGCCCACCAGGAGCCUGUCCCAGGACGUCUGCGCCGUCUGCGGGCAGAGGAUCAUCGUGGCGCCCGGCGGGGAAGGGCUCAUUGAGGACACCUACCAGCUCUCCUGCCGUCACGUCUUCCAUGAAUUCUGUAUCCGAGGCUGGUGUAUCGUCGGGAAAAAGCAGACUUGCCCCUACUGCAAGGAGAAGGUCGAUUUGAAGAGGAUGAUCAGCAACCCCUGGGAGCGCACGCACUUUCUGUACGGGCAGAUCCUCGACUGGCUUCGCUAUUUGGUGGCCUGGCAGCCCGUGGUGAUCGGACUAGUCCAAGGCAUUAACUACUCCCUUGGGCUGGAGUAGAGCAGCAGGUUCACCCCAGAAGCGAGGGGCCCCGUGGAUGGAGGGCUUUUGCAUCCUUGUCCUCUGUUUAACCCUGAUGUUCUUUUUUGCAUUUUCAAGAUGAUACCAAGAGUUUAGAAAGCUAAAUAAAAGUUGGUUUUAUACUGAAAUCAAAAGCCAUUUGUUCAUUGGGAAAAAAUGUGAAGAGAAGCUGGGCAGCGGAAUCAAUGAAUAAAGUGUGUUUUUUCUUCUUUCCCAUUAACGAUUGUGUUCUGACCUAGGUACACAACACGCUCGUUACACCCUGUUCUGGUCAUAACAGAAAUCCCAGAGUCCGAGGGACUU